UCAUGAACAUAUAGAAAUCCUCACUGUGAAUGGGGAGUUGCUGUUCUUCAGACAAAGAGAAGGGAUUUUUUACCCGACACUAAGGUUGCUUCACAAAUACCCAUUUAUUCUACCACAUCAGCAGGUUGAUAAAGGCGCCAUUAAAUUUGUACUAAGUGGAGCUAAUAUAAUGUGCCCUGGCCUGACAUCUCCUGGAGCAAAGCUUUACCCUGCUGCCGUUGAUACUGUUGUUGCAAUAAUGGCAGAGGGGAAACAACAUGCAUUAUGUGUGGGAGUAAUGAAGAUGUCAGCUGAGGACAUUGAGAAGGUCAACAAAGGGAUUGGUAUCGAAAAUAUCCACUAUUUAAAUGAUGGCCUUUGGCAUAUGAAGACGUACAAAUGAAACAAAAGGAACUGUGUUACUCCAAAGGAAUGCACUUAGAUUAAAUGUGGACUGCUUUGUAAUUCCUUGUUUUUAAUGUGACUGAAUGUACAAAUUCUUUUGUUCUGUGGCUAUGCUAAAUAAAUCAAGUGAAUGCGAAAGUACUGUUAGGCUACAAUAGUUUUCUAGAAUUCUUUUUUAUUACAGUUCUUUUCUUUUGUCUUAAACCCAAGUCUUCAGUGACUGAAGAUAUCUGAUGGAAAGAUCCUGCAUGGACUGUGAGUACACUGUUUCAACAAAAAGGAGGAAAAAGCCAAGAAAUGUUUACAUUUUUAUGCUCUUCUAAAAGAGUAAUAUAAAGCAUAUGUGAAAUACAAUUAAUACGGUUUAUAAAACCUCCGAAACAUUUCAGAUUUUUUUUUUCUUCUGAUUAACAUCUUGUUAGUCUACCUGUUUCUUGACCAUGGAGAAAUCAGGUUUUUUGACAUUUAUUUUUUUAACUUAUUAACAGCAUUAACUUCAGUGCUUUACUUAAGGAUUUUCUCUUUUUAAUAUGAAUUUAUCUGUAUGGGAUUUAUGAACUUAAACUGAUAUGUGGACUAGAAAUUCUUUUAUGCUAGUUCAUAUCUGAAGAAUAUAUAUAUAUUCAGAUUUCUACCUGCCAACACU